UAGAUGGGUCAUGUUGAUAGUAUCGAUUCCGGGGGGCUCUCAGGCACAAUUUAAUCAGACUAAGUGCAAGCUGCAGCAACGGAUAACACCCAUGGCGCAGCAACAGUCGUCUGAGGCAGCGGUUCAACCCCUGCUAGAGCAGUUUCAGCAGCUCUUCUUCAUUUCCAAGAUAGUGGGGAUUCUUCCGCAGGACCUGGAGAAGUUCCGCACGCGAAAUGUGCUUGAGAAGUCGCGCAAUGGAAUGAUCUAUAUGCUCGUCACUCUGGUGGUGUAUGUGCUGCUCUACAACGUCCUCAUCUACUCCUUCGGGGAGGAGGACCGCUCGCUCAAGGCCUCGCAAAGCACCUUGACCUUCGUGAUUGGACUGUUUCUCACCUACAUUGGCCUCAUCAUGAUGGGCACCGACCAGUUGACUGCUUUACGGAAUCAGGGCAGGAUUGGCGAGCUCUACGAGCGCAUCCGGCAGGUGGACGAACGCCUGUACCAGGAGAAGUGUGUGAUUGACAACAGCACGAUUGGGCGUCGCAUCAAAAUCAUGGUCGCCAUGACGGUCAUCUUUGAGCUAUCAAUUUUGCUGGCCACCUACAUCAAGCUGGUGGACUACACCCAGUGGAUGUCGGUGCUAUGGCUAAUCUCCGCAAUUCCCACUUUCAUCAACACGCUGGACAAGAUCUGGUUUGCCGUCUCGCUCUAUGCGUUAAAGGAGCGCUUCGAAGCCAUCAACUCCACGCUUGAGGAGCUUGUGGCCACGCACGAGAAGUUUAAGCUCUGGCUCCGAGGUGAUCACGAAGCGGCAGCUCCUCCCUUGGACAGCUCCCAACCGCCGCAAUACGACAGCAAUCUGGAGUAUCUGUACAAGGAGCUCGGAGGAUUGGAUAUGGGUUCAAUAGGAAAGGGUAGUUCAAUGUCCGGUUCGGGGAAGAACAAGGUGGCGCCGGUGGCCCAUUCUAUGAAUUCAUUCGGCGAACCCAUCGAGCCAGCCUCAGAUAAAGCUGGCAACCGGAAUCCAUUGGCCUCAAACAUGGUACACGAAAGUGAGUUGGGAAAUGCCGCCAAGGUGGAGGAGAAGCUGAACAACCUGUGCCAGGUGCACGACGAGAUCUGCGAAAUCGGCAAGGCGAUGAAUGAGAUGUGGAGCUAUCCUAUUUUGUCCUUGAUGGCCUACGGCUUUCUAAUAUUCACGGCCCAACUGUAUUUCCUAUACUGCGCCACCCAAUUCCAGUCCAUUCCGUCGCUUUUCAGAUCCGCUAAGAAUCCUCUGAUAACAGUCAUCGCCCUGAGCUAUACGUCCGGAAAGUGUGUGUACCUCAUCUACUUGAGCUGGAAGACCUCGUUGGCCUCCAAACGCACUGGAAUAAGUCUGCACAAGUGCGGUGUUGUGGCCGAUGACAAUCUGCUAUACGAAAUCGUUAAUCAUCUGUCACUGAAGCUACUCAACCACUCGGUGGAUUUCUCCGCCUGCGGCUUCUUCACCCUGGACAUGGAGACGUUGUAUGGUGUGAGUGGUGGCAUCACCAGUUACCUGAUUAUCUUGAUCCAGUUCAAUUUGGCCGCCCAGCAAGCCAAGGAGGCCAUACAGACAUUCAGCUCUCUGAAUGAUACCGCCGGUCUUGUUGGCGCAGCCACAGAUAUGUAUAAUGGUAGCUCCACCCUGCACGAUCUGGUGACCACAACAAUGCUUACGCCAACUGGCUAAAUGCAAGAGCAACUUUAAACGGCUUCUUAGAUGUUUUCUUUGGCACCUCCUGGCACUUAUAUUUAUGUCUUUCCGUCACAGAAU